AUGUGGAUGUAUUUCCCGAUUCUUAGAAGAAAUCCUAAAUAUCGUCUUCUCUGUGUAAUUGCUAUUCUAUUAUGGAUGCUAAUUACAAUGGCAGUAUUUCAUCGACCAGCACAUACAAAGCUAGUUCAAUUUUCACCGUUAGAAUUGAGUAAUCCAGAGCCGAUUAAUAUUAUUAACAAAGAAUAUGUUCCACUUAUUCAUCAACCGUUCACAUCGUUUUUAAUACGAGGUAUUGUUAUUUUUUAUCCACAUGAUCAAGAACAUGUUUUCUUAUCUGAACUAUUCUGGCUGUUUCGUUCAUGGAUCGAAAUGAUGAAAGAUGAACCACCAUCGUGGAGAACAGACCUAGUUAUUUAUACAGGAGUUUUUACUAGGAAUCUUCAACAACUUGGGUGUGUUUUUAAUCGUAUUCGAAUUGAUCGAAAAGAACGACCUCAAUGCCGUGUUUUUCCUUAUAAACGUAUACAUUUACGUGAUCUAAAUGACAAAAAAGAUACGGACGAUCAUCUCUUUCAACAAUUUGAUCUUGAACGUUCAAUAUUACUAAAGAAACAUCUUCAAACAUAUGAAUAUGUAGAUUCAAUUAAUAUUAUUGCCGAAUGUUACACAUCAUUUGCUAUGUAUGAUUAUAUUCUACGCACAGAUAUCGACGUUUUUCUAACACGAUAUUUUGGUCGUUUUGUUCCAUUCAACGCUACACUACUUGUUGGUCGCGGGGGUUAUUCAACGCCAUUUAAUACAGCACGUUUAAGACGUAUUGCAACAAAUAUGGAGUGGUUAUAUGCAAAUAUCACUAAUAUUGGUUCAACUUGGUAUGGACCACCGCGGUUAGCUCAACGUAUUGCUAAUUUUAGUUUAAAAGCUAUGUUACAUCUUUCAAUAAAUGAAUUUACUGAACCAGAACGACAACGAAAAAUGGGUGUUCUUCUUUGGCCUGAUUGGUAUUACGGUGUACUUCUGUUAUAUAGCUGUGAAUUAGCAAUAAAUCAUUUAAAAUUAUCGGAAAAUAUUAGCCUAGGCCUGGCUUAUACGUUUUUAGAUCAAUCGACCACUGAUACAGAUCAAUAUGAUAUGGAAAAAAAUAAUCGUUUACAUUUACAUUCUUGGCAUACGUUUGAAAGAUUUUCAAAAUUCGACUUCAAAGCUGGAAAAUAUAAUCGUAUUCAUCCACGUAAAUUUAUGAUGGAUGCAUCAGCGCGUGGCUAUGCUAUGCGAAUGGCAUUAGAAUCUCGUUUAAUGUCUCAUGCGGGACUGAAAGCAGAGCUUAUGAAUGCGAAACAGUAG